AUGGAGCCAUUCCGCGUGCGCCUCAACUAUAUCGAUCAUUAUCAGGCCACCGCGUCGGAGUUGGAUCCUCCACUACCUUUUCGUGAUGACGUCUCAGAGAAAGACUUUAAGCCCAAAGUGCCUGUGAUCCGAAUAUUUGGAGCCACCGAGACUGGCCAGAGAGUUUGCGUACAUGUCCACGGCGCAUUUCCAUACCUUUACAUCGAAUACAAUGGGUCCUUAGCGCCGGAAGAUGUAAACUCGGCAAUCCGAACUCUUCAUCUUUCAAUCGAUCAUGCUCUGGCGGUCAGUUUUCGCCGAAAUGCAUAUGACCGGAGGACAGCGUUUGUGGCGCACAUCACCUUGGUGAAAGGAGUCCCGUUCUACGGAUACCAUGUCGGAUGGCGCUUCUUCUUCAAAAUUUAUCUCUUAAACCCCUUCCAUACAACUCGUCUGGUCGAUCUUCUGCACCAGGGAGCUGUGAUGAAGCGUCCACUUCAACCCUAUGAGGCACAUGUGCAAUACAUCCCGCAAUGGAUGUGUGACUACAAUUUGUACGGAUGUGCAACUAUGAGCUGCAGUCAAGUCAAAUUCCGAGCACCCGUACCUGAGUAUUUCGAGCUCAGCAAUCUAGACCAUCGCUGGCACGAUCGUUCAAUCCCACCCGAGAGCAUACUCGAUCACCCUGCGUUACAAAAACAAAGCCAUUGCGCGCUGGAGGUUGAUAUCUGUAUUCAAGAUAUCCUGAACCGUCUUGAUGUAAAGGAACGGCCUUUACACCAUGAUUUCACCGAGCUUUUGAAACCCGUCGCAGUUAAUGAGCGGCUUGUUCCUAGCAUGGCUGGACUGUGGCAGGAUGAAACUCGCAGGCGCAAAAAGAGAAUGGGAAUCACUGAUCCCGGAAGUACUCCGUUUGGACCCGAGGAAUUGAUUUCAAUGUCUGCGGAUUCAAGAGAUCAGUCGAGAGGUGGUUGGAUACACGAGGAAGAAUUUCGUGAAAUGGCAUCUCAGCUUGCCUCUAAUGAGAAACACGAGGAUAGCAACAAAUAUACGACAUUUGGAACAUUCUUGGAUACCGAUGAUCAAGCCAAAAAUGUCAAGACUGCGUUGGAUAGUGUCGAAGACUUCUUUCCUGACAAAAUCAGUACUUUGACUUUUGAUAACAGCCGUUCCCAGGAAUCAGCUGACCAAAAAGUACCGGAAAUUUCAGUUGAUGAAAGUCUCGCUCUGUCUUCUCAAGCCGACAGACAGUAUUACUCGGAUUCUGAUCAAGGAGAGAGCUUAUCGGAAGGGAGAACCGAAGAUGUCUCCGGAACGAAAGAGGACCUAUUGGGUGAUAGCUUUUACGAUGAGGUUUUUGACGAAUUGCCCUUUCCAGAUGUGGCUGCACCUGCGGAGCCUGCUGAAACCAGCAAACCGAAAGCGACCAUGGAUGUUGUCUACAAGGAAGAAGAUUCCGUAGCCCAAGGAAAAAGGCCUAGAGACCAGAGUCAAAGCAGAAGUAUGGCCCCAAAAAGACAACACUUCGAAGCUCUCGAUCUCAACCAUUUGUCUACCAAAAGACCUAGACAUAUGGUCACACACGGCUUGUCUGAGGGGCUAUUGGAACCACCCAACACGCGAAAGCAUCAGCAAGAUGACAAACAAAAAAGUGUUUCCUUUGAUAGCAAUUUGGAUUCGCACGCGGAAACCUCGUUAUCAGAACCCAAAUCAUCUUCCUCGCAGAGGACAGUCCGUCCAAAGGCGCAUAGUUACACCAGCGGCCUGAAAUUCCCGGUAGUCAAGGACCCCAAUGAUCCUCUGACCAUUAUGCGUUACAGCCAAGAUGAGGCAAAUUUUUUAAGAAAAGACUCCAAGUCAUCUCAGCACCUCUUGAGUUCUUUCCCUUCCGGAACUGGCAUGGAAAUGUCAGGCAAAACCAGUGAAAAUCAGAGUUCUUCAGAGCUACAUUCGUCUGCAACAGUGAUGGGUCCAGUCUCUCUCGAUCCACAUCUCGCUGAGACCAUGAAAAACCUCCAUCAGUCAUUCAAUUUUAGACCAAACACGUCAUUGCGUUGCUUCAAGUUUUCCAGCCCAACUCCCAGCGAAGUCAGUUCAACAAUAAAUGAACAUGGGCGUCCCUCGGUUGUAUACCAGAAAGCAUUUUACAGUGAUGAAACGGAUGUGCCUGAACGACCAAGAGAAUAUGGUGGCAAAGAAUUCCGGCUAGAGAGCAAUACCAUUCACUAUCUACCCGAAUUUGACCCAACAGCAGAGGCACCUGCAAUGUUUGGUGAGCAGAUACCAACAGCACACGACCGACAUCGUCAAGAAAAGGCUGAUCAGCGCCUCCGAGAAGGGUGUACCGCCAGGGUCUGGGAGUUUGCACCUGUUCCGCCAAGCCGGUCGGAAGUCAUACAGUGGUUUGAAGAGUUAGAAGCCCCACAAGCAUCCAACCAAAAAGCAACCCAAAACGUACCUGCCGAAAAAUCCAACUUUCUCUCGCAGAUCGAGGGCCCAACACAGAAGAAUUUACAUGGCUUCAAAUACUCGCAGAAUGGAGUGUCCACUAGCGUGGAACACCAGGCUCAACACAUGAGCACGAUGAGCCUAGAAGUGCAUGUGAACACGCGCGGAACCCUCAUGGCGAACCCCGAGGAGGACGAGAUCACUUGCAUGUUCUGGUGCAUCCAAUCCGAAGAUGAGGAUCUUGAGGUCAACAGUCAUCUUCCCGGAGUUCAUGUUGGGAUGGUUUACCAUGGCGAAGGCGAUAGGCCAGAAGCCAAAAUCUCCAAGGCAUUAACGAUUGAUGUCGAGCACGAGCCUACGGAACUGGACCUAAUAAACCGACUCAUAGACCUUGUCCGGUACCACGAUCCGGACAUCAUCACGGGGUACGAGGUGCACAAUGCUUCCUGGGGAUAUGUGAUUGAGCGAGCGCGCAAGAAGUACGACUUUGACAUCUGCGAGGAGCUUUCCAGGACCAAUUACCAAUCUAAUGGACGAUUUGGGAAAGAGGCAGAUCAGUGGGGAUUCAACCACUCGUCGUCCGUUCACAUCACUGGGCGACACAUGUUCAAUAUCUGGCGCGCCAUGAAAGGCGAGCUGAGCUUGCUACAGUACACCAUGGAGAACGUUGUCUUUCAUGUCUUGCAUCGCCGAAUUCCUCAUUAUUCCCCCAAAGACCUGACGCAAUGGCACCAAAGCGGCAAGCCUCGCAAUAUCCUCAAAAUCGUGGAAUAUUUCAGCUCUCGUGUGCAAAUGAAUCUGGAAAUUCUCGAAGCCAAUGAACUGGCACCAAGGACAAGCGAGCAGGCGAGAUUGCUAGGCAUUGAUUUUGCCUCUGUGAUUUCCCGUGGAUCCCAGUUCAAAGUUGAGUCCCUGAUGUUCCGAAUUGCGAAGCCAGAGAACUUCCUGCUCGUCUCACCAAGCAGAAAGCAGGUCGGACAGCAGAACGCAUUAGAAUGCUUGCCACUGGUCAUGGAACCGCAAAGUGACUUCUACACGAGCCCACUUCUAGUGCUUGAUUUCCAAUCACUAUACCCCAGUGUCAUGAUCGCGUACAAUUACUGCUACUCAACCUUCCUGGGCAGAGCCAUGCACUGGCGUGGGCGAGAUAAGAUGGGAUUCAUGGAUUACAAGCGACAACCCCGCCUGCUCGAGUUACUAAAAGACAAGAUCAACAUCGCACCAAACGGUAUGAUGUAUGCAAAGCAGGAAGCGCGUCAGUCCCUGCUAGCCAAGAUGCUUUCCGAAAUCCUCGAAACCCGCGUGAUGGUUAAAAGCGGUAUGAAGGCCGACAAAGACGACAAGGUCUUACAGCGACUCCUGAACAACAGACAGCUAGCGCUGAAGCUAAUUGCAAACGUCACAUAUGGCUACACCUCCGCCUCAUUCUCAGGCCGAAUGCCCUGUUCUGAGAUCGCCGACAGCAUCGUCCAAACCGGACGAGAAACCCUCGAAAAAGCCAUCGCCUUCAUCCACUCCAUCGAACGCUGGGGUGCCGAAGUUGUCUACGGCGACACAGACAGCCUAUUCGUGUACCUAAAAGGACGCACCCGCGACCAAGCCUUCGACAUCGGCGAAGAAAUCGCCGAAGCAGUAACAAACCUAAACCCUCGACCCAUCAAACUAAAAUUCGAAAAAGUCUACCACCCCUGCAUCCUCCUCGCGAAGAAACGGUACGUAGGCUUCAAAUACGAACACCGGAACCAAAAAGAACCCGAAUUCGACGCAAAGGGAAUUGAAACCGUCCGUCGAGACGGUACACCCGCCGAACAAAAAAUAGAAGAAAAAGCCCUCAAAACACUCUUCCGCACCGCAGACCUUUCCCAGGUAAAAUCCUAUUUCCAGCGCCAAUGCGCAAAAAUCAUGCAAGGUCGCAUUUCUAUUCAAGAUUUCUGCUUCGCACGCGAAGUCAGACUGGGAACGUAUUCCGAGCGUGGUGCUCUCCCCGCCGGUGCGAUGAUCAGUACAAAGCGCAUGAUGGAGGAUCCGCGUUCGGAACCGCAGACCGGUGAGCGCGUUCCGUAUGUUGUUGUUACCGGCGCGCCUGGGUCGAGACUUGUUGAUCGAUGUGUUGCGCCGCAGAUGCUUUUGCAUGAUGCGCAGCUUGAGAUUGAUGCUGAGUACUAUAUCACGAAGAAUAUUAUUCCGCCGCUAGAGAGGAUUUUUAAUCUUGUUGGUGCGAAUGUUCGUCAGUGGUAUGAUGAGAUGCCGAAGGUGCAGCGGAUUCGACGAGUUGAGGGGUCGGUGCUGAGGCCGAAUUCUGGGGUUGGGGUUAGUCGGAAGACUCUUGAGUCUUAUAUGCGCUCGUCGUCGUGUGUUGUUUGUCGGGCGAAAUUGUCCGAUGCUGCUGUGUCUGUGUGUGGGGAUUGUCUGCAGAAGCCGCAUCUUACGUUGCUGGAUGUUGUUUCGCGGUUGCGGAGGGCGGAGAAGAGAGUGGUUGAUCUGGAAGCUAUUUGUCGCUCUUGCAUGAGUGUUUCUCCUGGUGAUGAGGUUAGUUGUGAUAGUUUGGAUUGCUCUGUCUUCUACUCGAGGACUAGAGAUGCUGCUAAUUGGAGACACUCCAAGGCUGUAUUGGAGCCUGUUGUUGAAUUGUUGGAACGGAAGGGGGAUGAGGGAUUGAAUUGGUAG